UCAACAAUUACUUACCUAAUUAAAUAUUAAAUACAUCUUACAGUAUUUGGAAGUUAGUUUACUGUGUGUCUAUUAUAUUAAAUUUUGUUUCAAAGCUAUUAAUUAUAAAUAUAUAGACCAAAACCAGGUGACAAUUGCGGCAGCUACACGUGCUCGGACUCACUAUGAUUUACAAGAUUAACUUAUUUGUGAAAAUUUUUUAAUUUAAUUGCAAUUACAUUUCUCGUUCAUCUUAAAGAAUAUGAAGUCAUUGGGCGCAAGUUGCCCAAUGAGAAGGAGAAAGAAACUCCUCUUUAUAAAAUGCGAAUCUUCGCACCAGACCAUAUUGUUGCCAAAAGUCGUUUCUGGUACUUCUUGAGGCAACUCAAAAAGUUCAAGAAGACUACUGGUGAAAUAGUCUCCGUUAAACAGGUGUCAGAAAAGACCCCAACAAAGAUCAAGAAUUUUGGAAUCUGGCUUCGUUAUGACUCCAGAUCUGGUACACACAACAUGUACCGUGAGUACAGAGACUUGACAGUCUCAGGUGCUGUAACUCAGUGCUAUCGUGAUAUGGGAGCUAGACAUCGUGCCAGAGCUCAUUCCAUCCAAAUUAUCAAGGUGGAAAAGGUCAAGGCUGCUGACUGCAGACGUCCCAACGUCACUCAGUUCCAUGACUCAAAGAUUCGUUUCCCUCUGCCAAAACGUAUUCAACAUAGAAAGCAAAUGCCUGUAUUCAGCGUCAGGAAGCCAAGAACUUUCUUCCUUUAAGUUUUUUUAAAAUUAAAGAUACUGAAUGAAUUUUAAAA